AAUGCCGUACGCCAAUCAGCCAUCGGUAACAAUAUCCGAGCUAACUGAUGAAAAUGUAAAGUUUAUAGUAGAAGACACCGAGUUAAGUGUGGCAAACAGCUUGCGCCGGGUGUUCAUAGCAGAAACGCCAACUCUGGCAAUCGACUGGGUUCAGCUGGAAUCAAACACAACAGUGCUGGCCGAUGAGUUUCUAGCACAUCGGGUCGGGUUGAUACCACUUAUUUCCGAUGAAGUGGUGGAUCGUAUGCAAUACAGUCGUGAUUGUCCCUGUUUGGACUUCUGUAACGAGUGCAGCGUUGAAUUCACCCUUGAUGUCAAGUGCAACGAGGAGCAUACACGACACGUGACAACGGCUGAUCUGAAGUCCAGUGAUCCUCGCGUGUUGCCAGUUACAUCCAGACAUCGAGACGACGAAGACAACGAGUACGGAGAAGGAACGGACGAAAUACUAAUCAUUAAACUUCGAAAAGGACAAGAGCUGAAGCUGAAAGCAUACGCGAAGAAAGGGUUCGGCAAAGAGCAUGCCAAAUGGAAUCCUACCUGUGGUGUUAGCUUUGAGUACGAUCCGGACAACGCAAUGCGGCACACCUUGUACCCAAAGCCCGACGAAUGGCCGAAAUCAGAACACACCGAGCUGGAUGAUGAUAAGUAUGAAGCGGAUUAUAACUGGGAGUUGAAGCCAAACAAAUUCUUCUUCAAUGUUGAAUCUUCCGGUGCUCUCAAGCCAGAAAAUAUUGUAUUGAUGGGAGUGCAAGUAUUGAAGAACAAGCUGUCCAAUCUUCAAACACAGCUGAGCCACGAAACGGAUGUGUUGGCAAUCUAG